CGGGAUAGAGCGGCUCUCCGGGCGGGGUCGGACACUCGGCAGGCAGGCGGCUCCCUGGGCAGACACAGAGGACAGUGAGAGGGAAAGACAAAUUCCAAGUCAGAGCGUUAUCAUCCACAUCCGAGUCGUGUCCCAGUAGAUUAGGCCCCCAUCCCCAGCAGCCAACAUGGUGGCAUUGUCACUGAAGAUCGGUAUUGGAAAUGUGGUGAAAACGAUGCAAUUUGAGCCCUCCACCAUGAUAUACGAUGCUUGUCGCAUUAUCCGAGAGCGGGUUCCGGAAGCACAGAUUGGACAGCCAAAUGACUUUGGUCUUUUCUUAUCGGAUGAGGAUCCCAAGAAAGGAAUUUGGUUGGAAGCAGGGAAAGCCCUGGAUUAUUACAUGCUUCGGAAUGGGGAUACUUUGGAAUAUCGAAAGAAGCAACGCCCACUGAAGAUCCGCAUGUUGGAUGGAACCGUUAAAACCGUCAUGGUGGAUGAUUCAAAGACCAUGAGUGACCUUCUGAUGACCAUCUGUGCCCGUAUUGGAAUCACAAACUACGAUGAGUAUUCAUUGGUUCGGGAGCUUCUAGAAGAAAAGAAGGAAGAGGUUACUGGAACUCUGAAACGUGAUAAAACUCUCCUUCGAGAUGACAAGAAAAUGGAGAAACUCAAACAAAAGCUUCACACAGAUGAUGAAUUGAACUGGCUGGAUCCAGGACGUACUCUGCGGGAACAGGGAGUGGAUGAGAAUGAGACCCUUCUCCUGCGGAGGAAAUUUUUCUACUCUGACCAGAAUGUGGAUUCCAGAGACCCAGUGCAGCUCAAUCUUCUUUAUGUUCAGGCUCGUGAUGACAUUUUAAAUGGUUCCCAUCCAGUCUCUUUUGACAAAGCCUGUGAGUUUGCUGGGUAUCAGUGUCAGGUGCAGUUUGGACCCCACAAUGAAAUCAAGCACAAGCCGGGCUUCUUGGAAUUGAAGGAUUUUCUCCCUAAAGAGUAUGUCAAACAAAAAGGAGAACGCAAGAUUUUUCUGCAUCACAAGCAGUGUGGAAAUAUGAGUGAAAUUGAAGCCAAGGCUCGCUAUGUGAAACUUGCUCGUUCUCUAAAAACAUACGGGGUGUCAUUCUUCCUGGUGAAGGAAAAAAUGAAAGGUAAAAAUAAACUUGUCCCUCGUCUUCUUGGGAUCACCAAGGAAUGUGUGAUGAGAGUUGAUGAGAAAACCAAAGAGGUGAUUCAGGAGUGGAACUUGACCAACAUCAAACGAUGGGCGGCCUCCCCGAAAAGCUUCACUCUGGACUUUGGUGACUACCAGGAUGGAUAUUACUCUGUGCAGACUACAGAAGGGGAGCAGAUUGCACAACUCAUCGCUGGCUACAUUGAUAUCAUUCUCAAAAAGAAGAAGAGUAAAGAUCACUUUGGACAGGAAGGAGAUGAGGAAUCAACGAUGCUGGAGGAUUCGGUUUCCCCAAAGAAGUCGACUGUCCUACAGCAGCAGUUUAACCAAGUAGGGAAGGUAGAGCAUGGCUCUGUGGCUCUCCCAGCUAUCAUGCGCUCAGGAGCCGGGGGGCCCGAGAACUUUCAAGUGGGCUCCAUGCCACAAGCACAGCAGCAGAUCACUAGCGGACAGAUGCACUGGGGCCACAUGCCUCCUCUGACCUCGGCCCAACAGGCACUCACCGGAACCAUAAACUCCAGCAUGAAUGCAGUGAAUGCUGCUCAGGCAACUCUGGAUGACUUUGACACUCUGCCAGCCUUGGGACAAGAUGCAGCAGCCAAAGCCUGGAGGAAGAACAAGAUGGACGAAUCCAAACAUGAAAUCCAUUCUCAGGUGGACGCUAUUACUGCAGGGACUGCCUCUGUUGUAAAUCUUACAGCUGGAGAUCCAGCAGAUACGGAUUACACUGCUGUCGGCUGUGCUGUCACAACAAUCUCGUCUAAUCUAACGGAAAUGUCCCGAGGGGUGAAACUUCUUGCUGCACUCAUGGAGGAUGAAGGUGGCAAUGGCAGACAACUCCUCCAUGCAGCUAAAAACCUGGCCGGGGCAGUUUCUGAACUUCUUCAGACAGCUCAGCCAGCGAGCAGCAAGCCGCGGCAGGUGCUACUUCAGGCUGCUGGCAAUGUGGGACAAACCAGUGGGGAGCUACUGCAGCAGAUUGGGGAAUGUGACUCUGAUCCAAGAUUCCAGAUUUCUGCAGCGAGAGCCUCUCGAACUGUUACCAUGUUAUCUGUGCAGAAGACGGAUAUGCUUAUGCAGUUAGCUAAAGCAGUGGCAAGUGCUGCAGCAGCUCUCGUUUUAAAAGCCAAGAAUGUGGCUGAGCGGACUGAUGACCCAAUGCAGCAGGCGCAAGUCAUUGCUGCUGCAACACAAUGCGCACACUCCACUUCUCAGCUGGUAGCAUGCACCAAGGUCGUGGCCCCAACAAUCAGUUCCCCUGUCUGUCAGGAACAGCUCCUGGAGGCUGGGAAGCAGGUUGCCAAAUCAGUGGAAGGCUGUGUGGAGUCCUCAGAGGCUGCCACUAGUGACCCUGAACUUCUGAAGGCAGUAGGAGUGGCAGCUAAUGCUGUGACACAAGCUCUGAAUGACCUUCUUCAGCACAUCAAAAGGCACGCAGCAGGUGGUCCACCCACUGGAAGAUAUGACCAGGCCACGGACACAAUUCUUAACGUGACAGAGAAUAUCUUCAGCUCUAUGGGGGAUGCUGGUGAAAUGGUCCGCCAGGCUAGAAUCCUUGCGCAAGCAACGUCAGACCUUGUUGGUGCCAUUAAAGCGGAUGCUGAACAAGAAAGUGACUUGGAAAAUUCCCGCAAGUUGUUGAGUGCUGCCAAACUGUUGGCAGAUGCCACUGCCAGAAUGGUGGAAGCUGCGAAGGGAGCUGCUGCCCACCCUGAUAGCGAGGAACAGCAGCAGAAACUACGAGAAGCUGCCGAAGGUCUCCGUAUAGCAACUAAUGCUGCUGCUCAAAAUGCGAUAAAGAAAAAACUGGUGCACAAACUGGAGCAAGCGGCCAAACAAGCUGCUGCCUCUGCAACGCAGACAAUUGCAGCAGCACAAAAUUCAGCCUCCAGCAACAAGAACCCAGCUGCACAACAACAGCUAGUACAGAGCUGCAAGGUUGUGGCAGAUCAAAUCCCUAUGUUAGUCCAGGGCGUUCGUGGAAGCCAGACCCAGCCAGACAGUCCCAGUGCGCAGCUUUCUCUCAUCAGUGCCAGUCAGAACUUCCUCCAGCCAGGGCACAGGCUUGUCUCCGCUGGUAAAGCCGCUGUCCCCACUGUCUCUGACCCAGCAUCUGCCAUGCAGCUUGGACAGUGCACGAAGAACCUUGCCACUGCUCUGGCUGAAUUACGCACGGCGGCACAAAAGGCCCAGGAUGCAUGUGGACCUUUGGAAAUCGACUCUGCUCUGAACCUUAUUCGUUCUCUUGAGCAAGAUUUACAGGAGGCAAAAGCAGCAGCUCGAGAGGGGAAACUUAAACCACUUCCAGGAGAGACUUUGGAGAAAUGUUCUCAAGACCUGGGAAGCAGUACCAAGGCUGUGAGUUCAUCUAUUGCACAAUUGCUUGGAGAGAUUGUCCAUGGGAAUGAGAACUACACUGGUCGAGCAGCACGGGAUGUUGCCCAAGCUCUGCGCUCACUGGCCCAAGCUAGCCGUGGAGUGGCAGCUAAUUCUGCGGACCCCUCUGUGCAGAACGCAAUGUUAGAAUGUGCAGGAGAUGUGAUGGACAAAGCUGGAAACCUUAUUGAAGAAGCCAAGAAAGCAGUGGGCAAGCCGGCUGAUGCAGAAGGCCAGCAGAGACUUGCUCAGGUUGCUAAAGCUGUUUCGCAAGCUCUCAGCCGCUGUGUGAACUGCCUGCCGGGACAGAGAGAUGUAGAUGCUGCUAUAAAAAGUAUUGGAGAGGCCAGUAAAAAACUCUUGGCCCAAUCGUUCUCUCCAAGCACCAAGAAUUUCCAAGAAGCUCAGAGCCAAUUGAACCAGACAGCUGCUGGCCUCAGCCAGUCUGCCAACGAGCUGGUGCAAGCAUCCAGGGGCACUCCACAAGACCUUGCAAAGGCUUCUGGGAAAUACAGCCAAGACUUCAGCAACUUUCUUCAAGCAGGAGUGGAGAUGGCUGGCCAGUCUCAGAGUAAAGAGGACCAGGCACAAGUGGUUUCCAAUCUAAAGAGUAUCUCUCUGUCCUCAAGUAAACUAUUACUGGCUGUGAAAGCUCUGUCAGCGGACCCAGCUGCUCCCAACCUUAAGAGCCAGCUAGCAGCUGCUGCCAGGGCUGUUACUGACAGUAUCAAUCAACUGAUCACAGUGUGUACCCAGCAAGCACCUGGACAGAAGGAAUGUGACAAUGCUCUGCGGGAACUGGAGACUGUUCGGGAAUUGCUCCAGAAUCCAACAGAAGCAGUGAAUGACCAGUCUUAUUUCCAUUGUCUGGACAGCGUGAUGGAAAAUUCCAAGGUGCUUGGCGAGUCUAUGGCUGGCAUCUCUCAGAACGCCAAGACCAGCAAUCUGCCCGAGUUUGGUGAAUCUGUCAGUGCAGCAUCCAAAGCUCUGUGUGGUUUGACUGAGGCUGCAGCACAGGCUGCGUACCUUGUGGGAGUAUCUGACCCCAACAGUCGUGCUGGCCAGCAGGGCCUUGUGGACCCCACACAGUUUGCUAGAGCCAAUCAAGCCAUCCAGAUGGCUUGCCAGAACCUUGGAGACCCAGCCUGUACCCAGUCACAAGUUUUGUCAGCGGCCACCAUUGUAGCAAAGCAUACAUCUGCGCUGUGCAACGCAUGCCGCCUGGCGUCCACUCACACGUCAAACCCUGUUGCCAAGAGGCAGUUUGUCCAGUCAGCUAAGGAAGUGGCAAACAGCACAGCAAACCUUGUAAAAACAAUUAAGGCUUUGGACGGAGCAUUUAAUGACGAGAAUAGGAUUAAAUGCCGUGAUGCCACUGUGCCACUCAUUCAAGCUGUGGAGAACCUCACGGCUUUUGCUUCUAAUCCCGAAUUUGCCAGUGUGCCAGCUCAGAUCUCUUCAGAAGGACUUCGAGCCAUGGAACCAAUCCUCUCAUCUGCUAAAACAAUGCUGGAAAGCUCUUCUGGUCUAAUACAGACAGCCCGGUCUCUCGCUGCAAACCCUAAAGAUCCUCCUCAAUGGUCUGUUUUGGCCGGGCACUCACGCACAGUUUCCGACUCCAUCAAAAAACUAAUCACUAAUAUGAGGGACAAAGCACCCGGGCAGAGGGAAUGCGACCAGGCCAUUGAGCUUCUGAAUCAAACAGUGAGAGAGCUGGACCAAGCCUCAUUGGAAGCCAUCAGUCAGCAAUUAGCACCACGAGAAGGCAUCUCACAGGAGGCGCUGCACACCCAGAUGCAGACCUCCGUACAAGAGAUUAGUAAUCUUAUUGAACCUGUGGCAGCAGCUGCACGAGCAGAUUCAUCCCAACUUGGACAUAAGGUGUCCCAGAUGGCACAGUACUUUGAGCCUCUGACUCAUGCUGCCAUCGGAGCUGCUUCCAAGGCAAUCAACCAUCAGCAGCAGAUGAACCUCUUGGACCAAACUAAAACUCUUGCAGAGUCCGCCCUGCAGAUGCUCUACACAGCCAAAGAAGCAGGUGGCAACCCCAAGGUGGCAGCUCACACUCAGGAAGCCUUGGAUGAAGCUGCACAGAUGAUGCACGAGGCUGUGGAUGACCUCACUGGGACUUUGAAUGAAGCCGCAAGUGCAGCAGGUGCAGUUGGAGGAAUGGUGGACUCGAUUACCCAAGCCAUUAAUAAGCUGGAUGAAGAGCCUGCUGGAGAACCCGAGGGAUCCUUUGUGGAUUAUCAGACCACUAUGGUGAAGACUGCCAAGGCUAUUGCUGUCACUGUCCAGGAAAUGGUCACAAAGUCUACCACCAACCCUGACGAACUGGGGACCUUAGCAAACCAGCUUACCAGUGACUAUGGACAGCUUGCUCAUGAAGCCAAGCCAGCAGCCAUGACUGCUGAGAACGAGGAGAUUGGAUCUCACAUUAAGCAACGGGUUCAGGAGCUGGGUCACGGUUGUUCUCAACUCGUCACCAAUGCCGGAGCCUUGCAGUGCAGCCCCAAUGACAGCUACACAAAGAAAGAACUGAUGGAGAGUGCACGCAGAGUAUCUGAGAAGGUUUCUCAUGUCCUGGCUGCGCUGCAGGCGGGUAAUCGUGGCACUCAGGCCUGUAUAACAGCUGCCAGCGCAGUCUCUGGCAUCAUCGCAGAUCUGGACACGACCAUCAUGUUCGCCACAGCUGGCACUUUAAACCGUGAGAAUGCGGAGACCUUUGCUGAUCACAGGGAGGGCAUUUUGAAAACUGCUAAAGCCCUAGUUGAAGACACCAAGGUUCUGGUCCAGAAUGCCACUUCCAGUCAGGAGAAGCUUGCUCAGGCAGCUCAGUCCUCUGUGACGACCAUCACACGUCUAGCUGAAACUGUCAAAUUGGGUGCUGCCAGCUUGGGAGCCGAGGACCCAGAAACACAGGUGGUCCUGAUCAACGCAGUGAAAGAUGUGGCAAAGGCUUUGGGGGAUCUGAUUAGUGCCACCAAAGCUGCAGCUGGCAAGUCUAGUGAUGACCCCUCGGUCUACCAGCUGAAGAAUUCAGCCAAGGUAAUGGUGACCAAUGUCACAUCACUGUUGAAGACGGUGAAAGCAGUGGAAGAUGAGGCCACCAAGGGGACACGCGCCCUUGAAGCUACUAUAGAGCACAUACGUCAGGAACUGGUGGUGUUUUCAGCCCCAGAACCUCCACCCAAAACUUCCACCCCUGAAGAAUUUAUUCGCAUGACCAAAGGAAUUACAAUGGCUACCGCCAAAGCUGUCGCUGCUGGAAACUCCUGCCGUCAGGAAGAUGUGAUCGCUACAGCCAACCUGAGCAGACGUGCUAUUGCAGACAUGCUUCACUCCUGCAAAGAAGCCGCCUAUCACCCUGAAGUGAGCCCUGAUGUACGCCUUCGCGCAAUGCGCUUUGGAAAGGAGUGUGCUUCGGGCUACCUACAGUUAUUAGAGCACGUGUUAGUGAUCCUGCAAAAACCAAACAUGGACCUGAAGCAGCAGCUGACUGCAUACUCUAAACAAGUGGCUGGAUCUGUUACUGAGCUAAUCCAGGCUGCCGAGGCCAUGAAAGGUACUGAAUGGGUUGACCCUGAAGACCCCACAGUCAUUGCAGAGAAUGAGCUACUUGGAGCUGCUGCUGCAAUAGAGGCUGCAGCCAAGAAAUUGGAACAGCUAAAACCACGAGCUAAACCAAAGCAAGCCGAUGAGAGCUUGAAUUUCGAGGAGCAAAUCCUAGAGGCAGCAAAGUCUAUAGCAGCUGCGACCAGUGCUCUGGUGAAAGCAGCCUCUGCCGCUCAAAGAGAGCUGGUUGCCCAAGGCAAGGUCGGAGCUAUUCCAGCCAAUGCUGUAGAUGAUGGUCAGUGGUCCCAAGGGCUAAUAUCUGCAGCUCGCAUGGUGGCUGCUGCAACUAGUAACCUGUGCGAAGCUGCAAAUUCUGCUGUACAGGGUCAUGCUAGUGAAGAGAAACUAAUUUCGUCAGCAAAGCAAGUGGCAGCUUCCACGGCUCAACUUCUGGUGGCCUGCAAAGUAAAAGCCGAUCAUGAUUCAGAGGCCAUGAAAAGAUUACAGGUUGCUGGAAAUGCCGUGAAGAGAGCAUCAGACAAUCUGGUAAAGGCUGCACAGAAAGCUGCUGCUUUCCAGGAUCACGAUGAGACAGUGGUGGUGAAAGAGAAGAUGGUGGGAGGAAUUGCUCAGAUCAUUGCAGCACAAGAAGAAAUGUUACGGAAAGAGCGAGAGCUGGAAGAGGCGCGGAAGAAGUUGGCCAUGAUCAGACAGCAGCAAUAUAAAUUCCUUCCGUCCGAGCUGCGGGAGGACGGUCACAACUAACCUUUCCGCUCCCGUGUUAUCUGGUCAUCAUUCCUAAUCAUCUUUUGCAACCCUGCUAAUGGUUUGUCUUUAGCAGAUGACGCUGGUGCUGUGUCUGGUUCUUCUGCUCCUUUGAGAUGCUUCUGGUGCCUUAUUGCCAUUUUGCUAACUCUGAAGCAGUAUUAAUCUUCUGCUGCCCCACACAACUGUCACUUCCUGCUCUCAGUGGAAUGCUCCUCCCCUGCUCCUUUCUGUUGCUUGUACUCUUGCCUCAAAGUGCCUGAAAACGUGCAACGCACAAUCAAACUGUUACUCUCAGGCCUUGACUGCUUCUGUUAAAUGUAAUAAAUAAAAAGGCCCGUUACAUUUCUAUUAAAAUAAAUAUCUCUAUUUUUAUGUUGCAUCAUGUUGGGAUUUUAUAAGUUAUAGGUUGGACCUGUGAGAGGUACUACUUAUACCUUUCUACAAAGUGUUAUCACCAAUAAAUAUCUUCACCUUAA